CCCACCCCUCUCUCCCUACCACCUUUCAGAGAGAGAGCGAGAGAGAAAUAUUAAAAUGUGGUGGUUCGGAUAAUUGGAGCCAGGUAACUUGACAGGAUAGAACACAUCGAAGGGAAGGGAGCCCUGGUUGCUCUCUAAACUCUUUCUCACUUAAAGGAACACUUACAAAGGUAAUAGUAAAAUAAGAAAUAAUGUGUUGGGGUUGCUCACCCCCUCUGGGCUGUACAUUUGUUUUGUGUUGUAGACCUGUUGGUGCCGGUUUUUUCUAGUGUUCUUAGGUUGGUGAUGAAUGCGUUUUGUGUUUGUGUCAGACAGUGUUCAACAGGAAGUGUUUUGGGUGCUAGCAGUUGAUUAUGCAACCUUAUUCUGUAGGCUAUAUUUUACUUUGUUCUAUAGUGUUAUAUAUAUAUAUUUUUUAAAUGGUGUAAUAUGAGACAUUCUUACUGCCUCUGAGCUCCUUGAACAAAUUCAAACCAUCCUGUGUAAGAAUGUUAGGCUUCCUGUGCCACCCAACAUUUGUUCUAUAUUAAUAUACAUCUGCAUAUUUGUGUGUGUUUUAUGAAAGUAUUUGUUGUGUGUUUGUGUUUGGUUUGACAUUGUCUUUUUGGUGAGCCAAAUUCCUCUUUAACUAGCAAGGGAAGGGUCCGUAACUUCAGUUUAGUUCUCCAUUCAAGUUAGACUUUUUUGACCAUGGCAUGGUAAUCACAGAGGCUUUGCCUCUUUCUUCCACAUGAUCAGUGCUGCAGAAGCCUCUCGUCCAGGAUUUGGCCCUGCGAUCAUCUGGUCUGUUAUUCUACCACUACCCAACAAAACCCCACAAGUCUGAACCCCACUACGCUACACACUCCUGUUCUUGGUUACCAGAAGAAGCUUUGCCUAAUCUCUGCACCUGUAACAAAACAUGAGGUGAGGAACUUUGAAUGUCACUGAGUGAGUGGAUUGAAUAACUUAAGUCUUUGUUGAAAUGGUAUGCAAGAGAAAAGUAACUAUUGAUUGGCCGAUUGAAUGCUGUUAGAACUGUUUUAGCCUAUUGUUGCUUCCUCAAGUCCAACCCAGAAGCAUGGAAUGAUGGCAUUAAGUACAUUCUGGUCCUCUGUAGCUCAGCUGGUAGAGCACGGCGCUUGUAACGCCAAGGUAGUGGGUUCGAUCCCCGGGACCACCCAUACACAAAAAAAAAAAUGUAUGCAUGCAUGACUAAGUCGCUUUGGAUAAAAGCAUCUGCUAAAUGGCAUAUUAUUAUUAUUAUUAUUAUUAAAGUCACUUGGAAGAAUGCCACUUUGAGGAAAAUUGGAGCUCAAUUUAAAAAGUUGUUUAAAGAGUGUUUAUUGACUGAGGAUUGUUGCCAUAUUUCCAUAUAGGGUACGGGUGUUCUCGCGGGCACAUUUACUACAGGAAUUCCGUUUGUGCUGUCAAUCACUCGCUGCCAAGGACAACAGUGGUUUCCGGCAGAAGUUUGAGGUAAACCAAUAUCAACCAGUCUUCUAUUGAGUAAUACCCUGGCUCUGUAAUUUCCCAACUCCAGUCCUCCAGUACCCCAACAGCAAACAUUUUUGUUGUAGCCCCAGACAAGCACACCUGAUUCAACUUGUCAACUAAUCAUCAAGCCCUCAAUGAGUUGAAUCAGGUGAGUUUGUCCAGGGCUACAACAAAAAUGUGUGCUGUUGGGUGUGAUCGAGGACUGGAGUUGGGAAACAGAGUAUUGAGCCUUGGAGUCCUAGGGCAGUGUCUGCUGUGGCAGUAGAGUCCCACAUUCAUAGAGUCCCUUCAGUUGCUGUUUUUUUAUUGUUCAGGAGCUGAAUGAUGUUGGUAAAGAGUUCACUACCAGGGCUGGAGAACUGGAGGCCAACAGAGAGAAGAACAGAUACCCCUACAUACUGCCUUGUGAGUAUCAUGGUACAUACCAUAUCAGGGCACCACCACAUGCUACCCCUGAGUAAUAGGAAUGUAUUACCAUGAUCAUAUGACCUGCUGUAUCUAAGCACAUAAACAUUAUCCCAUGUGUGGUAAUGCUUCCCAUUUUCUGAUCACUUUGAUUAAUGGUCCCUGUGGUUUCAGAUGACCACAGUCGAGUGAGGCUGUCCCUGCUAGACUCCCAGCUACACUCAGAUUAUAUCAACGCUAGUUAUGUCCCUGUGAGUACUCUCUGUCUGUCUGUCGCUGUAUGUCUGACCGUCUAUCCAUUCAUCAAGUCUGCUGUCUGUCUGUCUGCUCCUCAGGGUGGAUGUACAGAGCGAGACUUCAUCUGUACCCAGGGUCCUUUGCGCAGCACCAUGGCUGACUUCUGGAGGAUGGUGUGGGAGCAGAAUGUUAGGAUCAUCGUCAUGGUGACCGCCCUGACACAGAAAGACAUGGUGAGUGAGGGAUUUGAUGGGGAUGGGACACUGAACAAUUCUCAAAUGUAUAAAACCUUCAUGGGUAACAUGUUGACUACAUUCACAGCAUCAAGUUUGACCCAUAGACUUGCAUAGUUCUUCUGGUUUUAUAUUGCUCUCAAUGCCACCCAUGAAGUUAUGGAAGAGUCUUCGUAAGCAUAUUCUUGCCCCUGUUGAUGUGGGUGCUGCACAGAGUGGGUCUAUCUAUCAACAAUUGGUCAUAGUGUCACAUUUCCUGCUGUGCACGCAGUAGUUUGUAUACUGUUUGUUAGUUAGACCAUGUGUUGUCCAUGUUUCUCCAGGUGCUGUGUGAUGAGUACUGGCCAAUGGCGCAAGGGACGGUGUCGUAUGGAGUGGUCCAGGUUACCACAGUGUCUCGUAAACGGGGUCCAGAUUAUUUCAUCACCACCAUUCACUUACGACAGGUGAGGCCUAGGUCCUGACAUAUCCUAGUUGUCCUAUGUUAUUGUAACAAAGACUAUUAGUCUCAGCCACUGGUUAACAGAUUUAAGACUAUUAGUCUCAGCCACUGGUCAACAGAUUUAGGCUAUUUCCAAGAUUAAUCGUGUCUGUGUGUGGUACAGAUAGUGUGUGUGGUUGUUCUGGUGGUGUGGUUGUGCUGAUAGUGUGUGUGUCUGUGUUUCAGCGCGGUUUUCCCGUAGAAAGGACAGUAACGCACUACUACUACCCUGCCUGGCCAGACCAGGGUGUACCCAAGGACCUCUCCUCUCUCUGUGCCUUCACCGAGCAUGUGCGGCAGCAUCUGGACACACUACCACUUCUGGGACCUGCCGUGGUGCACUGCAGGUUUGACCGCUCACCCCUGACCCCAACUCACCUAGUUAGCAAACUGUCUCACAAUUUUUGUUUUGUGUGUGAUUUUUGGCCUUGAUAUUUCUGUGACAGAAACGUUAAUAAAUGUUCAAUUUGCAAGUAUACAGUGUGCAGCACUGUCUGUUUUUUGUUUGUUUAUUAACUGCAAAAAUAGCUCAAUGCCAGUGUGCGUCACUGUAAAACAUUUAAAUCAUAGUCAUUGUGCUGGUGUUGGUUCCUUAACAUUUGCAGAUAUGUUUGUAUGAAUCUCAGUUGAGAUGAUAUCUCUAAAGUGUGUGUGUCUCAGUGCAGAUUAUACCUUUUUUCAAUCCUGUUUGUAUCGCUCUCUCUCAGUGCAGGUGUGGGGCGGUCUGGGACGUUUGUAGCUCUGCUGUGGCUGAUGCAGCUGUGUGUGCGUGGCAUCAGGCCUGACGUUAGAGCAGCCGUGGAGGACCUGAGACGGCACAGAGUCAUGAUGGUCCAGAACCUGGUCAGUCCACAACUACCCAGAAUAUUGAUGAUUAGCUGAAUCAGGUGUGUUAGUACUGGGAUAUAAACUAAAAUGUGCACUCAUAUAGAUAGAAACCCUGCCCCAGGAAAGUGAUUCAUUAGGAUAGAUAACUGAAGGCCUGGAGACAAACUUAUUUUGAUGCUGCAUUGAAAGUAGUUUGUCUCUUGGCCCCCCCGUUUAUUAAGUUGUGAUAAUGGUUCCUGAUGACAUACUAGUACAACUUGAGGUUAUAUAACACUUCAAAAAAGGAAAGGGCAGCUGAAGGCUCCUCUCUGCUGGCAAGUUUCUACCCCCAGAUCAAGAGCUCAGUUUGUCACAAUGUUCCCUUCCAGUGAAAUACACCACAAUCAUCAUGUCAUCUUCAUUAGCUGCAGAAUGUUCUCAACGUUGUGUUCCCUCACUGUGUGUACCCAGGAGCAGUAUAUACUGGUUCAUCAGUGUCUGAUGCACUGGCUGAGUGGAGGGAGUGUUGGGCCUCUAGUAAGGUGAGAGCACAAAGCAAACAGUCAAGUAUUAUACUUUUUUUUUUUUUUUGCAUAUGUUCAUGUUUCAGAGGGGAACAAUGUCUAUUGAAACGGACAGACAGUAUCAUAUUACACUGUGCUAUUUCAUUCAGCUGGCUAUCAGAACUCUUAAUUUCUCAGCAGUGUACAGAUUCAGGCUGGCCCUGCUCAUGUCGAUCGGGGGCAGGAUCACCCCCUCACUUCCUCAGGGCGAUCAGGUCGGGGGAACAGGUCGAGUGGGGGGAACAGGUCGAGUGGGAGGCACAGGCAGCACCAGGAACAGCACACACAACAUCCAGUCCAAACCCAACCACAAACCCAGAGCUCCUCGCAACAGUUGUUCAACCCUAGGAACUUGCUAA